AUGAUUGCUGUAGAAGAGCUCAUGCAAGCAACUAGCAAGAACAAAAUACCUAUAAAUUAUACUCCUGAAAUUAUUCAGAAUGAUAUACUAGGAAAGAUUACUGCUUCUACCUUUGCACUGAAACAACCUUUGUGUGCCUUCCAAGAUACAAAAAAAGACUGCAGAGACUGUAAUAUUUGGGUAGCAGUUGCUACAAUGAAGGGUGCAGUAAGUAAAAUAAAUAUUAUAGCAGCAACCUAUCCAAAUUUUCCAAAUAUCUAUCCAGCAUUCCUGACUUUGAGCACACCUAUUAACCAGUUUGACUGUAAUGACCUUGGUCAAAGUGUUAUUCGAGCCUUACGCGUUGGUGCAGAUAAUGCCUGUCAAAAUGAUGUAACUGCCACUAGCUGCAAUGGGCCUUUACCAAGUGACCCAGGAGCAUACAGAGUAAGAUAUUAUCUACAACAUCCAAAUGGGACCUUUUUAGCAAAGACUACAUGGUCACAGCCAAUUGCCCUUACAAAAGUGUUUUAG